AUGCCUCCCUCUCCGUCGGCCACUCGGCCGCCCUCUCCCUCGGUUGCCCCGUCACCUCUGCAUCCCUACUACGCCGCGGGUUCUGUCAACUUUGCACCCUUCGCCUUGUAUGCGAUGUCGCUAGCAUGUGCUGACAUCUUUCUCCUCUUUGUCGCGGUGAGCUAUGCGUAUUGCUUUCGCUGGCUCCGCGGUCGAGCGAAUCGGGCUAGCUUUGAUCACGACAUCGAGCGGCCACGACAACAGGUUGAAGUGACAGCCUUGCCUGUGGAGGCCCUGGCGUAUCGUGGCCAUGCGAAGGAGUUCGAUAGCGACGAGUGCGUGAUUUGCCUCGGGAGUUUCGAGGAAGGAGGGGAGUGUUGGGUGAUCAAGACGUGUAACCAUGAGUACCAUGAAAGUUGCAUCAAAGAGUGGCUCUCGAGAAACCAGCAAUGCCCACUUUGUCGGGGCUCGGUCCCAAGCGAGGCAGGCGACUAG